AUGCAGACCAUUAUCCAAGCCACAAACGAAGUCUACGGAAUGAGCCUUGACCUUGGUGGUUUCCUGGCUGUCUAUGGCACCGUAAUCAAUGGCAAUCCACUCUCGACCAGUCCUGGCUACUCCAUUGGUGGCCCCAGUCGCUUUAGCCAAAACAUUCUCAACGGGGGCGGCAUUCUCGGUACUCCUUCCGGCCUCAGUGGUAGCCACAACAAGUACGAGAGUGAUGCCAGCUCCACUCGUGGUGAUCUCUACGUGACCGGCAAUAACUUUCACCUCAUUCUUAGUCGCUUUGAAGAAUACUGGCGCGCCAUCAAACCCAACACGCCUGCUCCAAAACAAUACACCGCCCUGGCGCCAUUCCACUAUAAACAAUUCCAGGACUCGGAGAAAACCAACAGCCACUUCUUCUACUCGCCUUUCGCUGGAGUCUUGGUCUCACCUUCUGGGUAUUCAUUCCCUCCGCGAAUGAUGGCCAACCACUCAAAUGAGUACCCCGAGGGAUAUCUCUCUCGUGAAGUCUUUACCACCUUUUUUGGUGUCAAGGGAGAUAAACCUGGCAACUUCAAAGUGAACCAGGGAUGGGAGCGCAUUCCCGAAAACUGGUACCGCCGCCCGGUAGACGAUGAGUUCUCCAUCAAUGACUUCCUUAUUGAUGUUCUCGAACACGCGGCCAAGUACCCUCGUCUCUUGAACAUUGGUGGAAACACCGGCAAGGUCAAUAGCUUCGCUGGUGUGGACAUUGGCGACCUAACCGGUGGUGUCUUCAACACAGCUGGACUUCUCAAGCCUGACAAUCUCGAGUGCUUUGCCAUGCAGAUAAUAAUGGCUGCUGCACCUGAUUUUAUUGGAAGCCAGUUCACUGAUGUCAAGAAGGCGUUGACACCACUGAGCGAUAAGCUUCGCCAGCUUCUCGCGGGCAAGACAUGCCCCAAGCUCCAAAAGUAUAACCAUAAGCUGUUUGCCAAGUACCCUGGCUACACUGAGCCUUAUGGCAGUUACGCUGGUGUUUCCAAGGGUUCACUCAAGGGUAUUAUUGAGACGACCAAGGGCAUUCUGGGAGGACUUUGGCCAACUGGCAAGUAG